CGCGCAGCCUUCGACGCACAGCUCUCCUUGGAUUUGGAGGAAGCUCGUCGUCUCACCCAUCGGCAAGCCAGCAGGCAGCGAGCGAGAGAGGGAGGGAGGGCACGGCUGGUGAGAUUAUGUGAUCAGAAUGAGUGAUUAUCUGAGGAGAGAACAUGUAGUUUGACUUCAUUUGAUGGUUUUUUUUUUUUAAAUGGAAAAUGUUGGAUUGACGCAGUUUGCUGAAAGCGGAAUGAGACACUUGUUGGAUUUAAAUGGCGCCAAAGACGGCAGCAGAUGAUGAGACUCGCAGGUGAAUUUCAGCUUUCAGCAGACUGCAGUGGAUCUCUCUUCAAACCAGCUGAUUACAACAGAAAGAGGAGUCUGACUCUGAGAUGGAAUCACACGGGUCUUCACUAAACCGCAGUCAGUCUCUGGCGAGCGGUCUGGAGAAGAACUCCCCCACGUGGAACAAACCGCCUCACUCUCGGAGCAGCAGCACGCUUUCGUCUCGGCACUCCAGACAGAUAAUCAAAGACUGGGAAGUGAUCGACGACCCUCAUGGAGAAAUGCACACAGGAACUGAAAACCCUCAUGACAUCGCCCCGCCAGGUAUCUGUGAGGGCUACCUGCACAAGAGGAGGAAGUGGCCUCUGAAGGGUUGGCACAAGAGGUACUUUGUCUUGGAGGCGGGAGUCUUGCGAUAUUGCAAAAACCAACAUGAUAUUUCCAGAGGACGAGUCCAGGGCUCCUUAGAUCUCAGCCACGCCGUGAUGUCCAUAAACAAGAAGUCAAACCGUAUCGACCUGGACGCUGGAGACAUCAUUUAUCACAUGAAGGCAAAAAGUCAUGACCUCUUCUACAUUUGGGUCACUAAGCUACAAGCUCAUCGAGUGUACAAGAAGAACGAAGCCGCUCACGCUCACAGCGGCUUCCUCUGCUCUUUGUCCCAGAGUGCUGCGGUCGGACAGUCUCAGACCAACGGAGAUGUGAGCUCUGCAGGCAGAGCAGAUUCAGCUUCAGCUUCAGGAGUGCUCCCCUCGGCUCACACUGCUGUGAACACCAAAGUGUCAGCCUGGCUGCAGCAAAGUCACGACCCGGAUAUCUGCGUUCAAGAGCUGAAUCGAUGCCACGUUGACCUCACCGAGCUAAACCGCUUAAUCCAGAGGCUGCAGACGUUGGAGGCGGGCCAGGCUAUCACCAACGGAGACCUUAAACGCAUCAUCAGCACACACAAUCUGUCUCUCGAGAAGCCAAAGAAGCAUCGCUCAGGGAAGAUCUGGGGUCACUCUCGCACACUGUCCAGAGUGGAGGCUCUAGGAAUGCUCUCCUCCAGUCACCUGAGCAACUCCUCUCACCUCGGUACCUCCGUCCCCUCCAUCCCCGACUACGUCUACUCCCAGCUGUGCCCCUCGACUAACACACUGACGCCCGAGGGCAAGAAAAUCCACCAGGACAUCUGCGCCACGUCACUACGAGUGUUUACCUCCCUGAAGUCGGUGCAUGAAGCUCUGUCCCAGGAGAGGCAGAAGCUCCUGGAAGUCUGGGACUCAAACAACAUCCACCAAUCCAACACAUUAGCAGGGCCUGCAGACGUGAGGAGGCAUUCAUCCCACGGGACUCCUUCAGUCACAGACUCAGCUGCAGAGUAUUUUGACGCCAGCGAUGACAUCCUUUGUUGUUCCUCUGAGGUGUCCGAUGAAUCCGGACUCAGCGACGGGAGCACGACCAACUCUGAGCCAGAAGAAGGACACGCAUCUGCCACCCGGAAGUACCGUGCCAGCAUCUCCAAGUCUCCCAACUGUAUCAUGCCUAAGUGCACAGGACGGAGGACCACACUGCCCGCUCAGUGCCCCGACAACAGCCACGUGGGCCUCAUGGCUAUCCUCUACAACAACAUAGGUAAAGACCUGGCUCGGGUGUCCAUGCCCGCCGCUCUGAAUGAGCCUGUUAACCUGCUGCAGAGGCUGUGUGAGGAGCUGGAGUACAGUGAGCUGCUGGAUACUGCAAACAACACAGCAGACCCCUACCAGAGGAUGGUUUACAUCGCUGCCUUUGCUAUCUCUGGUUACUCCACCGCCACGUUCAGAAACCGCUACAAGCCCUUCAACCCGAUUCUCGGGGAGACCUACGAGUGUGUCAGAGAGGACCGGGGCUUCAGCCUCAUCAGUGAGCAGGUGUGUCACCAUCCUCCCAUCUCUGCCUGUCACGCACAAUCAGACAACUUCUGCUUUUGGCAAGACCAGAGAUGGAAAAAUAAAUUCUGGGGCAAGUCUCUGGAGAUUCUCCCGACAGGAAUGGUGAACGUCACUCUCUCAAGGUAUGGAGACCACUACGAGUGGAACAAAGUAGUGACCUGCAUCCACAACGUCCUCAGUCAGCAGCGUUAUCUGGAGCAUUACGGAGAGGUCACCAUCCAAAACCUUAAGAGCAACGCGUGCACCUGCAAGAUCACAUUUGUGAAGUCUCGUUAUUGGGGUUCAGAGACGAACAAGAACGAGGUGCAGGGCACGGUGCUGGACCAAAGCGGGAGCGUCAUCCACCGGUUUGGAGGCCUGUGGCAUGAAGGCAUCUUCUGUGACACUCUGCCGACUCCGAAGUGUGUCUGGAAACCAAAUCCGAUGCCAAAGGAUUACCUGCUGUACUACGGGUUCUCCACCUUCGCCAUGGAGCUGAAUGAACUCCCCUCGGACCUGAUGCCUCUCCUGCCUCCUACAGAUAGCCGCCUGCGCCCGGACCAAAGGUUGUUGGAGGAGGGAUAUGUGGAUGAAUCAGACAAGAAGAAAGAUAGCAUCGAGGAGUGUCAGAGGGAGUGUAGAAAAGAGCUCGCCAAGAAGGGAGAGGAACACAUUCCACGUUUUUUCAAGAAAGCCAAAGAUCUGUGUGGACGGGAUGUGUGGGUGACAAACGGGACUUACUGGAAGAUCAGAGAGGAUCCAGGUUUUGCUGCAACUAAAAAUUUAACUCUGUGGUGACGACGAUUCGGAGAGAAAGGGAGAGAGGAAUUUAAAUGAUCAACAGGAGGAGGAACUUCAGACGGCAUAUAUGAACCGCUCUGAGGAUCAUGCAGAGUGGAGACAGUGCUGCAGAUCUCUCCUCCUUCAUUCUGUUUGUCCAUGACUGGAUCAUGGGGAGCAGACAGGGUCAGGUAGACUUACCAGCAGAAAACAGAAAAGACUUUCUCAUUAUGAUCAAUUUUCUAAUGUGUUUGAAUGUUUUUAGGUUCCUUCUAUAGAGAAAUAUAUGUGUAUAUAUUUAAGAAUCACUCUGUGCAGACCUUUGAAUUAACUAAUGACUCUUUUUCUGUCAAAACUGUGUUUGACAGAGGGAUCAGUUUGAGUUUCAACUGUUUUAGAGUAUUGAAUUUUAACAUUCGAUCAAAUCAUGUCCCCGCUAUGGAAGGGAACACCUGCCUGUAGCUGUUUGAAGAGCGUGUGCUCAUAACAUCUGUUAAAGGACCCAUAUAAUGGUAUUUUUAGCCGUCCACUACAAACCUUUUCUUAUUUUUUUUGUUAUAUUUUUGGGGCUUUUACAUCUUUAUUCAGAGAGUAGAGUAGCUGUGCUGAUUGGCUGCCUAAGUGUUGGUAGCAGAAACCAGUGCAGAUGGAUGCAGAGGCGGAAAAACACCAAAACAAACAUGUCGAGCGCUCCAGAAGACACCAGGAACAUUUGUUUCCUGAAGCCACUGAGAAAGGACGUGUGCUCAAAACAUCUGUGCGGCAAUAAAGAAGGCAUUUUUAAAGGUGA